CCGACAGGACGCCUGCAGCCCCAGACACGGACCCCCGGACCAGGACCCCCAGAACCGGAGACAUCAGAUCUUGAGCACCAUCUCUCUGGCUCAGCCCUAAGGUCUUUGCAGCCCAGGACUCCGUCUCCAACAGUGGAAAGGCGCUGAGAGGAAUGGUGUGCAGACCACCCUCGGAUCCCCUCAUGGAGACGAAUGGCUGGCCGAGGUGCCUUCCGGCCCGAGGACCUAGACUGCGCGAGGAAACAGGAAGUGAUGUUGGACUCAGCCUGGGCCCACGUUGAGUGAUCUCUCCGUGCCUCUCAUUCCUCGCUAGGGGGACGCCUCCCGCUCCUGGUCGGUCCGGGGUCCCCCACCUCUGGUUCUGGACUCGCCAACCCCCGACCAUGCCUCCUCCGGCCGACAUCGUGAAGGUGGCCAUACAGUGGCCAGGCGCCUUCCCCAAGCUCAUGGAAAUUGAUCAGAAGAAACCACUGUCGGCGAUAAUAAAAGAAGUCUGUGAUGGGUGGUCCAUCCCCAAUCACAGCUCUUACGCGUUGCAGUACGCAGACGGAUCCAACUUCUACAUCACGGAAAAGAACCGGAAUGAAAUAAAAAACGGAGCAAUUCUGCGGCUGACCAUUUCCCCAGCCCAGAAUGCCCAGCAGCUCCACGAGAAGAUCCAGUCGUCCAGCAUGGACAUCAAGAUUGAUGCUCUGAAGGACUUAGCCAGCUGCUCCAGGGAUAUUACCUUUGCUCAGGAGUUCAUCAACCUCAAUGGGAUCUUCCUCCUCACCCAGAUGGUGGAAAGCGGCACUGAGAAGUAUCAGAAGCUACAGAAGAUUAUGAAACCCUGCUUUGGGGAUAUGUUGUCCUUCACCCUGACGGCGUUCGUGGAGCUGAUGGAUCAUAAUAUUGUGUCGUGGGACACGUUCUCUGUCGCAUUCAUUAAGAAGAUCGCGGGUUUCGUGAACAAGUCAGCCAUCGAAGUGUCCACCCUGCAGCGUUCCUUGGCCAUCCUGGAGUCGAUGGUUCUGAACAGUCACGACCUGUACCUGAAGGUGGCCCAAGAGAUCACCAUUGGCCAGCUGAUCCCACACCUCCAGGGGACAGAUCAAGAAAUCCAAACCUAUACCAUAGCAGUAAUAAACGCACUUUUUCUUAAGGCUCCUGAUGAGCGGAGGCAGGAGAUGGGCAACAUUUUGGCUCAGAAGCAGCUCCGCCUCAUUAUCUUAACGCAUGUCAUCCGGGCCCAGAGGGCCAUCAACAAUGAAAUGGCUCACCAGCUCUAUGUCCUGCAAGUGCUGACCUUCAACCUUCUGGAGGACAGGGUGCUAACCAGGAUGGACCCCCAAGAUCAGGCUCAACGGGACAUCAUCUUUGAGCUCCGGAGAAUCGCCUUCGAUGCCGAGACAGAGCCCAACAGCAGCAGUGGGAGUAUCGAGAAACGCAAAUCCAUGUACACUCGGGAUUACAAGAAGCUGGGAUUUAUUAAUCACGUCAACCCAGCCAUGGAUUUCACUCAGACUCCACCUGGGAUGCUUGCCCUGGACAACAUGCUCUACUUUGCCAAGCAUCACCAGGAUGCCUACAUCCGGAUCGUCCUGGAAAACAGCAGCCGGGAAGACAAGCACGAGUGUCCCUUUGGUCGCAGCAGCAUCGAGCUAACCAAGAUGCUGUGUGACAUUCUGAAAGUGGGAGAACUGCCCAGCGAGACCUGCAACGAGUUCCACCCCAUGUUCUUCACCCAUGACAGAUCCUUUGAGGAGUUCUUCUGUAUCUGCAUCCAGCUGCUGAACAAAACCUGGAAGGAGAUGAGGGCCACAUCCGAAGACUUCAACAAGGUGAUGCAGGUCGUGAGAGAGCAGACCAUGAGGGCCCUCACCACCAAGCCUAGCUCGUUGGACCAGUUCAAGAGUAAACUCCAAAACCUCAGCUACACGGAGAUCCUGAAAAUCCGCCAGUCCGAGAGGAUGAACCAGGAAGAUUUCCAGUCCCGCCCGAUUCUGGAACUGAAGGAGAAGAUUCAGCCUGAGAUCAUUGAGCUUGUCAAGCAGCAGCGGCUGAACCGCCUCGUGGAAGGGACCUGCUUCAGGAAGCUCAACGCCCGGAGGAGACAAGACAAAUUCUGGUAUUGCCGCCUGUCUCCCAACCACAAGGUCCUGCAUUAUGGAGAUCUGGAAGAGAACCCCCAGGGAGAAGUCCCUCAUGACUCCCUCCAAGACAAAAUGCCGGUGGCAGAUAUCAAAUCCCUUGUGACAGGGAAGGAUUGCCCUCAUAUGAAAGAGAAAGGAGCUCUUAAACAAAACAAGGAGCUGCUGGAAUUGGCUUUCUCGGUCUUGUCCGACUCCAAUGGCCACCUCAACUUCAUCGCUCCCGACAAGCACGAGUACUGCAUCUGGACGGACGGGCUGAACGUCUUGCUGGGCCAUGACAUGCAGAGCGAGCUGACCCGCAGCGACCUGGACACACUGCUCAGCAUGGAGAUCAAGCUCCGCCUCCUGGACCUGGAGAACGUCCAGAUCCCCGACGCACCCCCGCCUGUACCCAAGGAGCCCAGCAACUACGACUUCGUCUACGACGCCAACUGAGCCCAGGCUGCGGGGGUCCCGGACCACUGCGGGGGCCCCCAGACGCCCCACCCCCACCUCUCCCGGCCCGCCGCCGGUCAGCCGCUCCACCGUGAGGGCCCAGGGUCGCCAGACGGAGCAAGGGGGGCUUCUGGGAUCCAGGCCUGCUGCGAGGCGCUUGCUGAGGGAAGGAAGGGUGAAGGGAGAUACCAGAUGCUCCCUACACAGCCCGGCCCCCCCAGAAGCUGCCUCCCUUCCUCCCCUCCUGCCCGGUCCUGGCCCCAGUCUGGGCUGUGUCCACACUUCACAUCCUCCUCACCCGUGGACCACUCCCUUCUUGCUGGGCAGAGGUGGGUGGGGGGCCGGUGGGGGUCAGGGCGGCGGCCACGCUCCGAUCCCCAACCGACACGGGUUCAAUUUUUGUACAAAAGGGUCAAAUAUUUUAGGCCACCCAGGUCUCCUCGCUCUCCAUCUCCCUUCCCCUCGUUCUCUCCCUCCCCCACUCCCUCUCUCAUUCUCUCUCUCUCUCUCUCUCUCUUCAGAUAUAUUUAUAUCUAAAGAAGAGAUGUGGGAAUGAGCACACAUAUCGGACCAGGAAUUUUCACCCUUUCCAUUCCACACGCAUCCCUCGGGCCCCCAGCUUUGCUGUGGAAUAAAAUUGAAGCUGUGUCA